AUUAAUUUUGUCGUGUGAACUUGGAUGUUUUUGCAAUCACUUGAAACCUUGAAAUCUCACGAAGUCAUAACUUUGAUUAUUCAGUUAUUAAACUUUAUUUUGAACCAUAUUUCAUUAGCAAAAACUGUAUAAUAUCGUUUUGUGAUGAACUGUGAGCAUAAUAAGGAUUUGAGUCUUACGUCAAAAUGAGUGAGCGGAUCUCGGGAUCGACUGACGACUUGAACGAGCAAAAUGAAAAUCUGAGAGAUAUGUUCCGUUUGAACACUGAGGAAGAGAACAUUAUUACAAAGAUCGAAGAGUGCUGGGAUGGAAUUGGCUUAUCGGAAGACGAUCUUCGCAGUCGUUUCGACAUGUUCCGGAAGGCGUUUCAUACGUCGACUUUGUCGGUGCUCAGCUAUGGACUUCAAGCUCAACAGGAGUACCACACGGCUUUGCAGAAUUCCAUCGACAAUUCAAAAAAUGAACUGAUUAAUCUGGAACAUCGUUUAGGAGUUACAAGCGAUCGGAACGACGAGAAAACGGGAGAAAUGAAACUGUUCGAGUUGGAGAAGUACUAUCGCGAAGAGCGUCUUCAGCCUUUGCUUACGUUGAAGGAAAACCGCCGAAAAAUGCUGGAAAGACUGCUGGACGAAAAUCACAGUUAUGUUACUUCAUUGGGCGUGGAAAGUUUUCACAUUCCAGAUCCUACUUUACGGUACCGUUUGGAUGUUCUUGACCGACUGGCGGCGGUCAACGACUCCCAUUUAACCGUUUCGAAUGACCGUAAGAGUAUCAUGGCCGCUAGACGAGCACGUAUAACGACAAUUGCAAAGGAUUUGAAAUUGGACAUAUCGCAUGUGGACUUCAGCGACAUUACUGGACACAAUAUGGCCCUUACGGAAUCCUUGGAAAAAGAGAUGGUAGAGAAAAAGCAAGCUGCUGAAGAGCUUGGACAGUCGCUGUUGGACCGCAUCAUAUAUUUGUCAAAGCGUAUGGAGGUCCAGUCUGAUGUUUCUGUACAAAGUCCAGAUAUUAUCCACCGCUUAUUCGACCCCGAUCUUGUGGGAAAGCUGCGAAAUGAAGUGCUACGAAUGGAGCGCGAAGUUGCUGCGCAGAUGGAGAAUAUGAUCGGAAAACAUCGCGAACGGAUCAAACAGUUGUGGGAAGUAAUGCAUAUUCCUGCGGAAGAGCGAGAUUUUCCGGCUUUAUUUUCCGUGGAAUUCUCGGAAGAUACGCUUCGCGUUCACGAGGAAAUGCGGAAGCAACUGGAAGACUUUUUCGACGAUCAUCGACAGAUUUUUGACUUGAUAGAGGAAAGAAAAGAACUGACGAUGAAUAAAGUUCAGCUUGAGGAGCGGGAAAGAGAUCCUGUCGUAAUGCAGAACCGUGGUGGCAUUCUGCUGAAAACGCAAGCCGAAAAGAAGAAAGUGCUUAAGCAGUUGGAAAAGAACGUGGCGGAGCUCCGCGCUGCUAUAAAGAAGAAAGAAGAUUCUACUAAGAAGUCGUUUCUGAUCGGUACCAUGACGUUGGACGAGUUUUUGGCCAAAGAAAAAGUUGUUGUUGCUGCGGAAAAGGUGGCUCGUAUGAACAGUGCCAGUGCAGCCAAACGGAAGGAAGGAAAGGGCACGCCAUUGUCCAAGCGGUUGAAAACUGAAAACGAGAACCUUAACCGUUCGAACCGUGGAUGUGACAGCGUAAAGCGCGAAUUGACCUUUGGUAGCUCAUCUGGUAAAAUAUUUUCACCGAAACGCAAGUUUUAGGCUACAUUGAUGAGGCAGAUCGCAUCAUCGUUUUUCCUGUGACGGGAGAUACGGGUGGUUUACCGUGGUUUAAAUAUUGCACCUUUUGCCUUAUUAUCGUUUGAAAGAGAAUCUCGGUUUCUAGCAUUCUUUGUUGUUUUUAAAUCGUUGAUGUACUUCUCCUUAAGUGUAUGUAUAUGAGAGAAACUUGAUCUUGUUCAACGAUGAAAUUUUUCGAUGUUUACAAUCUAUAGGCUUUUAAGCAUUAUGAAGAAAGUGAAAAUGUAUAAUUAUGGUAUGUGAAAUGCGUUUUAAACCGAUGCAGUGGAUGUAUGGCCAAAGAACUGCAAUUAAAGUUUUUAAAUUUUAUUUUAAGCAGUUCCCAGGAGGUACAACUCUGGAUGUUCGUAUUGUAUUGUUAUAAAUAUAAUUACCGCUUUUCG